AUGGAAGAUUAUAUGCCAACGCGUUACCAGUUGCUAGGACGAAUCGGCGAAGGAGUUCACGGGGUAGUGGUGAAAGCACGGGACCUCAGCAACGAUGAUAAUAUUGUUGCCAUAAAGAAACUAACACUGCGAACCAAACACGGCGGAAUUGCGUUAAAUGCGAUACGGGAGAUCAAGGUGCUGCAAAAUUCACAAUGCGAAAAUAUUCUAUCGCUGCUGGAUAUGUAUCCCGACGUCUCUGGAACGUCACUCGUUUUUGAAUAUAUGCCUCACACUUUGUACAGUAAAAUGACAGACGAAGAACAUCCACUGUCCCGGGGCGAAAUCCGGCGCUACACUGCUAUGCUACUGAACGGACUGAAAUAUCUGCACAACCUGAAAAUCAUGCAUCGUGACAUAAAGCCGGCAAAUCUGCUAAUUGACAAACGCGAUGUCCUAAAAAUAGCCGACUUCGGUCUGGCUCGACUCUUCGACGACCAAGAACCGACAAAGGUGUACUCGCCACAGGUAGCCACACGAUGGUACCGGGCUCCGGAAAUCCUGUGGGGUUGCCAGACGUACGGUCCCUCGAUAGAUAUGUGGGCUGCCGGGUGCGUGUUUGCCGAAAUGCUCCGCGGAGUGCCACUAUUUGCCGGUGCCACCGACAUCGAGCAGCUAGCACUUGUCGUGCGAACGCUUGGCACACCAAACUUAAAGGAUUGGCCGGAGGUGCGGAGCUUGCCGGACUACAACAAAAUUCGUUUCCCCAACGCAAAGGGUGAACGGUGGGAGGAUAUUUUUCCCAGUUUUACCACAGAAACCGAAAUAGGGUUGGUUGAUAGUCUGGUGACAUACAACCCUGCCAGCAGAUUGACUGCGGAAGAGGCUAUGCAGCAUCCAUACUUUACCGAAGGGGAUGAGAAUUAG